AUGCGCAAUUUGCGUACUAUCCGCCAUGGUCUCUGGGAGUGCCCAAAACCUGUGACGGGGACCUGCUGGGACCCCGCCCAAGACGAAGUGAUUUGCGCUAUUGGGCCGACUGAAGAAAGCUCGACGAUAGAACUCAUCAGACUUGCGGAGAAGGGAACUGAAGUAGUCGAUAAACCUUUUGCAUCAUGGGAACUCGAGGCUACAAGUCCUGAUGCGCCCGUGGAUCGAGUUCUGUGUAUCCAUCAUGCUAGUGACACUCUUACCACCUCCCUCGUCUUCGCGAAUGGAGACAUUGUGGUCGUCAAGGAGAGCGAGGCGCUCGGCGAUGAACCGCCUCACAUCGAAGUCAUCGGCACCAUCGACGAGGGCAUUGCCGCCGCCCGUUGGUCUCCUGACGAAGAGCUCCUGCUUGUUGUCAGCAACGCCGACGAAGUCAUGUUCAUGGGCCGCAACUUUGAUCCCAUCGCACAGGCUACGAUGACGGACGGUAAUCGAAGGGUCAUUCGAGUCUAUAGCCGCGAGGGAGCGCUGGAUAGCGUCAGUGAGCCGGUCGACGGGCUGGAGAGCGCGCUGAGCUGGCGCCCUUCGGGAAACCUCAUUGCCGGCAUCCAGAGAUGUCCGGACCGCAUUGAUGUUGUCUUCUUUGAGAGGAACGGUUUGAGGCAUGGCCAGUUCACCUUGCGCUCCGCGAGCGAGAGGAUAAAGCUCGAGUGGAACUCCGACUCGACUGUUUUAGCAGUCAUCUUCUCUGACAAGAUACAGCUAUGGACGACGGGAAACUACCAUUGGUAUUUAAAACAAGAGAUACCCUUGUCUUCCCAAUCCUUGAGCGUAGCGUGGCACCCUGAGAGGGCCCUUCGACUCGCAACCGCAACUAGUGACUCCAUCAUCUUCGCCGAGUACAUGUUUGCGGCGACGCAAGGAACGCUCGCCCCUCCGAAUGACUUUGGCGUGGCUGCUGUCAUCGACGGCACCACUGUGCACCUUACGCCGCUCAGGACAGCCAAUAUGCCACCUCCUUUGUCUAUGUUUGAACUCUCCGUUGAAGGCAAUGUUAUUGACGUUGCAUUGAGUCAUGAUGAUGACUUGAUUGCCGUUUUGCAUACCCAAGGCGUGGAUAUAUACUCCUGGGCAGUGAAGGAGGGACGCCGUAUGGCGCCCAGCCAGGUCGUCAAAGGCUCAAUCCGCGACUCUCCUGACAUGUUUGGCGAGGAAAUAUUUCUGCAAAUCUUCUGUUCUGGAAAGAAGGAAUUUAGCGUCCUGGGCCAGUCAUAUACUACUCUUGUCCGGUCGUUUCUCGUCGAAUGCUCGACUCCAAGCCUCCAAUGGCUUGACCCAAUCCUACUCUCGCCUAAUACCUCAACCUUGGUCGCUACAACUUCGACAUAUUUCGACGGGUCAGCCAUUAGGGGUUACAUCCAAGGCCGCGGUGGCAGCAUUCAAUCCGUCUCGGGGGUUCAACCGAACCUCUUGAUGAACGGCCAUCUCCAUGCUAACAACAAGGUCCUUGCGAAGAACUGCACGUCGUUUCUCGUCACCCCGGAUCAUAUCAUCUUCACAACCAAUAACCAUCUCGUCAAAUUUAUCCACCUCGACGAUCCUUCCGAUAUGGAGGUCCCGACGGAUGAUCCAGAGGUGGACGAGAGGUGUAGGAGUAUCGAGCGAGGGGCACGCCUUGUGACCGCCAUACCCACCAACAUGAGCCUUAUCCUACAGAUGCCUAGGGGCAAUAUUGAAACCAUCUUCCCAAGGGCCAUGGUCGUUGCAGGUAUCAGGCUCCUCAUUGAAGAUAAGAACUAUAAGCGAGCAUUCGCGUAUUGCCGCACGCAGCGGGUGGAUAUGAACAUUUUAUAUGAUCACCGGCCGGCACAGUUUCUAACAAACGUGGAUUCAUUCCUCGAUCAGCUCGAGGAUGUCACUUAUAUCGAUCUUUUCCUUUCGUCUCUCAAGAUAUGCGAUGCCGUCCUACGCGGACUCCGGUCCCGUAAAUCGACCAAUCUUCAAAAUAUCAUCACUGCCCACGUCUGCAAAACCCCACCCGCUCUAGACGACGGCUUGACUCUCGUUGCUGGGCUCAUGAGGGAAGACGAGAGCCUCGCGGAGAAGGCAGUCGAGCAUAUCUGCUUCCUGGUUGACGUCAACAGGCUGUAUGAGCACGCGCUAGGACUAUACGACCUUGAGCUUACCUUGCUAGUUGCUCAACAGGCGCAAAAGGAUCCUCGAGAAUAUCUACCUUUACGCGAGAAGGCACUAUCACACCUGAAAGAGCUGAAUGCCUUUGAAGAAUUGAAGAAGUACACUAGCAAGCACAUUUUAUAUCAAAGCGCCUUGCAGCUAUAUCGUUAUGACCAGGAGCGGCACGACGCCAUCAUGGAGAUUUAUGCUGAAUAUCUGGAGGCCAUGUCACAAUUCAGAGAGGCUGGCCUCGCCUACGAGUCCUUGAACAACUACCAACAAGCGACUAGUUGCUAUCGCUCCGCGGGUGCAAACUGUUGGCAGGAGUGCCUCUUCACCUCGCAACAGCAAGCCCCGCCCAUGUCCAGCGCAGCUGUCAGCGAACUUGCUCAAGAUUUAGCAGAGGCUCUUUGGGAGGCAAAGGAUUACGCCUCCGCCGCUGUCAUCCAUGCCGAAUACCUCGACUCCCUCGAGAUGGCUGUCAAGUGCCUUUGCAAGGGCUACCACUUUGCCGAUGCCAUGCGCCUUGUCUCCCGAAAAGGCGCAUCCCACUUGUUACCUACCGCCGUCGACUCCGGCAUCACAGAGGCUCUGAGCAGCAGUACCGAAUUCCUCGCAGACUGCAAGUCCCAGCUUGGCGCUCAGGUCCCUCGCAUUCUCGAGCUUCGGAAGCGCGCUGCCGAAGACCCUCUCUCGUUCUACGAGGGUGAGCGUGCUGGUGGCGCAGAUAUUCCUGACGACAUCUCCAUUGCGGCUAGCUCCAGAGUCAGCACGAGUGCCAGUCUGUUCACCCGCUACACCGGAAAAUCUGGCAGCGUCGGCACCGUAGGAACGGGCGUCAGCCGCGCUACUAGCAAGAACAGGCGGCGAGAGGAGAAGAAGAGGGCCAGGGGUCGUAAAGGCACGGUCUACGAAGAGGAAUACUUGGUCAAUAGCGUCCGUAGGCUCGUAGAGAGAGUUGAAGGCGCCAAGGGCGAGGUAGAAAGACUUGUGUUUGCCCUCGUGCGGAGGAGCAUGCAGGAGAGGGCCAGGGCGUUGGAGGCCCUCAUAGCCGACGUGGUGGCCGCUUGCAAAGUGGCCAUCGAAAGGGUCUUCCCGCCGGAGGAGAAGCCCGAGGCCGAGCAGGCUGAGGAGGGCAUGUUCAAGCCCACCGGCGCGGACGCAGUGCUGCAUGAUCUGCUCGAGAGCCAAGGCAAGAAACAGGUUCCACCUGUGAUUACGGGGAUAGAGAGAUUGACCCUCCUGGGAUGA